AUGCCAACUUCUACUAAUCUUCCUAAUCAAAAAUCCCUCGAUCUACCUGAAGAUUAUUCGAGCUCUGAUUCCGAUUCUUCACCAGAUAAAGAUUCAAGCAACGGCUCAACAACAACAACAUCAUCAAAUUCUGAUUCAAGCACUGAUUAUGAUUCGGAAUCCAGUGUAGAUAGAAAGAAAAAGGAGAAAGCUGAAUCGGAAAUUCAUCGAGUGGUCAAGAAAAAAAGAAGUCAAAAGAAAAAACAAGAGAAGCAUGAUGAACUGAAAAGACGAAAAAAAAUGGCAAAAACUGGACAAAGACCAUCUUUCGAUAAGAACAAGGAUUAUAAUGAAGAUUUGAUGAAAAUGGAUGACUCGAAAAAUUAUAAUCAAGAGGAUAUUGAGCAAUUGGUUAAGAAACAGUUGGAAACUUUGGAAAAAAAUGUUGAAGGUAUCUCAGGAAAUUUUGGGCAACGAUUUAGCAAGUUGCUGCCCUCUCGCAACUUGCUAUCUCCUUGCUGCAUUUUUAGCGACUCGCGCGAUUCUUGCUGGAUCCAUUUUUAUUGAGAUGGAUAGUGGGCGGAGCAUUUCUUUUGAAAGCAUGUCAAUAGGCAAAACUCAUUUUUUGUCGGGCAGAAAAUAAUUAUAAAUUGAUCCCGAGGACAUCUCCACAAGUUAUUGAAGGGUAUUUUUAUUGCUAUGGCAUUAUAAUGCUACAGUACCACCAAUAACUAAAUUAAUUUUGAUCUCGACAAACUUUGUCUUUCAUAAUAAAAAAAAGAAUGAACCUCUAAUUUUUUCUCGAAAUUUGUUCGGCGACUUGCUGUUUUCUUGCCGUUUACGAAAAAAAAAAUUUCGCUUGCUAUAAUAGGCGAUUCCGCGGCAAACUAGUGUCCGAACCGCAUGUUUUAGCAAGCAGAAUCGCGCAUUCUGGUCAGCAAAAUUGCGAAAAAUCUCCUGAGAUGAAAUUGCGAAAAAUUUACGAAACUACAUAUUAUUUCAGACCAAAAACCUGAAGAAGAUCAAAUAACUUUUGACUGCACUCCAAUGAUUUUAAAUCAUCAACUUUACGAAAUGAUGAAGUCUGUGGAGCAAAUAUCCUCUGAAGAAUCUGAAGUUGAAGCACCUCAAAAUCAAGAAGCCUUCGAGAAGAUUGAUGUUGAAAAAUCACCUGAUUCUUCCGAUUAUGAAAAAGUGGAUAAAAACCAUGUUUCGAAUGAGCAGACUCCUCAAACCGUUUGCGAAUCCAAAAAUGAAGAAUCUACUCUUGGAUGUCCAUCAUUGCCUCAGAUUACUGUGUCCCCUCCUCUUCAAGAAUCAACCACCCAACCAGUUAUCAAAAGUUCAGUGCCAUCAAAUAUUGAUCCGAAAUUGAUUUAUGACUGCACGGGAUAUACAGUUCAAGAUGUUUUGGUGAAUAAUUCUGAACCAAGGAAAAUCUGGGAGCUCUCUGAAAAUACACUAAAAGCCAGUUUUUAUCAUUUGCAUCAUCUGAACAAAUCAAUUUUGGAUUGUGAAAAAGAAAUGGAAUUGAUUGAUAAGAAGUUUAAGGAUAACGAUGAACUUUUGGCAAUUUUUAGAAAAGAUUAUUUGACAAAUAAGAGCAAUCUGAGGGGUCAAUACCAUUCUCUAGGUGAAAUUGACAAAACAAAUCUGUGUGAAAUCCCGGAAAACUAUUCGAAUUUUGGCAAAACUUUUGCCAAAGUUUGGAAAAUCGCAGCGGAAUCUGAUAGAAUUCAACUUUACCACCUGAAUCAAUGCAUUUCAAAGGAUCAAACAUUUCUAAUCCCUGAGAACCACAAUUCACCUGCUCCACAUAAGUUCAUUCUCGCUAAACACAAGCGUGAAUUGCUGAAAAGUUUGGCAAAGCUGAAAAUUCUCAUUCACACUAUUCAAAUGGACAAUGAAUUUUUGAUAAAAGAUGUUAUUGAAAUUCAACCUAUCGAUCAUCUUAAUGCUGAAAUUGAUGUUUUCGAAGAUAUUGAGAAUUCUUUUUCUGAAAAAGAAGAAGAAGUAGAACGAGAAGAAAGUGACGAUGAAGAAACAUAUGUUCUUCGAGACUACAAUGUAACACCACCAUCAAUCGAUAGUCUACCAGUGGAAGUGCAAGAAAAUUUGCGACUCUUGAACUCAAGUGCAAAUUCUGAUUUUCCAUCGAUGACAAUUCUCAUUGAACAACCGGUGAGUUCGAUUUUUCCUGACAUUUUAACAUUUCUUAAAAAAACAAAACAUGUUUUAGCCAAUCUCUGUGUUCAAAAAAAUCGGGCUGAGUAUAGUGGAAAUGGUGGAUCUUCGUGAAAAUUGUCGAAUCUUUGAAACAGAAGGAUUCUGUGAUGCUGCUCCAAUCUUCAUCCCAUUUAUCACGAUUUUCCAGGUGAAUUUUUAAUUCAUGAAGAUUAUUGUGUUUAUCUCAUACAUAUUUUCUAGAUUAUUUUGUUCCAAGCCUACAACGCUCACAAUGUUCUCCACAACAAACCUCCCGUGUGGCACAAUCAACUUUUCGCCGUCUCAAAUAUGGAUGCAAUCAACUUGGCAUCCAAUUUAUACUCACAAUGUUUGUUUGGAAUACCGCUUGAAGUUGCGUUUGGCACCACAAGAAUUGCGAUUUUAUACGCGGUCGCAUCGAUAUUUCCGCUCAUCACAUAUUUCGGAUUCUCACCACAUAGUGUGACACCUGGUGGAUUGGCGCUUUAUGCGUUGGUUUUUCUUCAAGUCGCUUUUCUUUUGAAGGUUAGUUUUUGGGGCUAGAAAAUAUUCUAGUAGGAAAUUUUCUUUAGAAAAUGUAAUUUUUCUGUAUGAGGUUUUCAGAACCGCAAAAAAUCAAAAAAAUUUCAGCAUUGGAAACGAGCUGCCUGCAAUUAUCUACAAGUUGUUGUGAUUCUCCUCUGCAUCAUUGUUGAUUUCAACUUUAAAACAGCUACCAAAUCGCUCUUCGCCGCAAAAAUUCAUUCUGCUAUAACUGGACUCUUCUUCGGACUAUUCUACAUACAUUUUCCAAGAGUUUGUUUCCGCAAAAAAAAUUUAAAAAUCAAAUUGUGUUUUUUUUUCUAGACAAUGAAUCAUCGCUGGAUAAAUGCUCGUUUUGUCUGCUGCGUUUUUUAUUUCAUGUACAUGUUAUGGAUUGUACAAGUUUGUGCUGUUGGAAUGAGAAAAGAAUCUGGAGCAUUCUAA